CCUCAACCAAAUAACGUGUAUGAGGUGUCCUUGGAUAGCUUUUGAAGUCUAUUUUUAUAAUUGAGUGGUCUCAAUUCGAGAGGAGAGAGUAAUCAUCCAAAAAUCGAUCUGGAACGAGCAGAGGUCUGUGAACUCGAGCUGUGAGAGUGCUGAGACUGUUUGGUCGAUAUCUCGAGUUUUACAAAUCCAAUUAAGGCGUGUGAGAUACCCACAGAAAGCUCUCAAGACGAGGAAUCCGUGAAGGUCUGGUUUGCAGGAAUCGGAGUUGUGGAAGGCUUCCAAAUCGUCCGAGCAAAACACAACCUCGCAGGAGAGGAUUUAAUCUUCUAAAAGAAACGAGUUGACCGGGAAACACCUGUUCUAGGGGCUGUUUUCGUAUCAACGAUUAAGGGUUGAACUAGCACUUUGAGGAGGCUGUUUAACACUCAUAUUUGAGCAAGGAAUCAGUUCCAAAUCCACCUUGACCAAAGCUUUGACCAUUGGACCAAGAAGGGAAAGUUUAAAGCUCAAUUGAGGUGAGGAUUGACAUCUAAUUGCUUACAACUUGUAGGUUAAGCAUGAGAUUACCUAAAUGCUUAAAUCAUGAUUUUUCAUGGAUUAUGAUGACUAUAUAUUGAUGAAAUAUUGAUAUAGUUGCCAAAUAAUGAAUUUGGAAUGAUUUGAGAAAGUAUGAAUAAUAUGAGAUUAAAUGAGUAUAAAUGAACUAUUUUGUGAAAAUGGGCAUUUUGCUCAUGUAUGAAUUAUGUGGAUACAUAAAUGAAUAUUUGUGUAUUGAGAUUGAAUACUUAAGUUGCUGCUACAUAAUUAUAAAUAUGUAGAGAAUUACAAACAAUGAGGAUAAUGGUACGAUAACAAUAAUCUUAAUAGUAUUGGAAUACUAGUUAGUGAUUAUUGGAACUUGUUGAUUAAAUUGAUCCUAGGGAUUGGAUUGUAUGAAAGGUACUUGAAUGUAGUUCAAGUGUAUAUAAUAACUUAGUAUGGAACUAAGGUUAAGUGAUGGGAAGUCUUUAAGGAUGACCCAUGGUAGUUUAAUGAUAUGUCAAUUCUAGGCAUAGGGUUGCUUGAGAAUUGGACCUUAAUGCAUGGUGAUGUGGUAGAGCCGAGCUCUAGAAUGCAUGUAAGGUGUAGACUUGGAGUCUAUGUAUUGUAUAGCUAGAGCCGAGCUCUAGGACUUGCGUGGUGAUGUGGUAGAGCCGAGCUCUAGAACGCAAGGUAAGGAAAUUGACCCGAGGUAUAUGAAUUGUAUGGUGAUGUGGUAGAGCCGAGCUCUAGAAUACAAUGUCAUAUACUAGGGUUGGACUCUAGGAGUUGUCGUGGCUUAUAGUCACGGGGUUGGGAAUGGUGAUUUCCAAAUGAACAUGGGCCCACGGGCCGUCUACUUGACUUUUAUAUAAAGUAAGUAUAUUUUUAAACGGGGUAACUUAGGGUUACAAUCAUAAUGUACUAUCACCCUAUUUGAGGGUCUUGUGUUUGAAAUACUUGUUGUAUAUCUAUUAGAUGCCUGCCACACCAGCACUUUAUAGCCGUAUAGAGUGCUGACCCCUUCGGGGGCGUCCCACCACCAUUUUUCAGGUUGAGGCUAGAGCUUGCUUCCUGUGCUCGUUGCUCGAGAGAUCAUCUAGGGGCGAAGACUUGGUUCGUGCUUCCUCCAUUCGGAUUUUAAACAUUAAUAAACAUGCUCAUGGAUAUUUUAUUAUAGAGCCUGCGUGCUCAUGAAUAGCCCUGUGUGGCCCUUUUGUUUUAAACAAUGUUUUCCGCUGCUUUAUGAAUUACUUAUUAUGUUGUUUAUGGAUGACUUGUGUGUGAAUGAUAUUCAUGACGCCUUGUAUAAUAUGAAUGUGUUGGACUGCGGUUGACUAUUCGUAUUGUACGGCGGGUUGUCGACGUGUCCGGGGAGGUCCGGGGCGUGACAAUUAAGUUGGUAUCAGAGCCUUAGUCCAUAAACUUCAUAAUGAAGUCUCAAAAUUCUCUUUUUGAAAAGAUUUUGAAAACCAUGAGCAUAGAAGUUUUGUACUUGGAGAGCUUUUGGUACUUGGGUUGCAAGGUCUCUAAUUGUUAAGAUGGGUACCCUUAGCAAUUGGUAUGGCGGUGACUCGAGCCAAAAUGUGCCUUAAGUACCUAUCCGUCAAUUGACAUUUGAUACGAGUCUAACGACUCUUUCCAAAUUUCUUUCAGAAAUGGACCGUGGUGGCAGGAUUACUAGGAGAAACCCGACGGGCCGUGUACCAGUGGAGACUGGACAGGGCAGUCGAAGGACCUCUAGGGCAUCUAGAGGAGCUGGCCGUGGAGGCCGAUCACAGACCGUGAGUGACGGUCAUGUUGACACGGAAAGUGAGACCUACUGGUCCUAUGAGGACUCGACUUACCAACCGGAGACAGAGCCGGUUGAGACCCCUUAUGAAGGGGAUGAUGACGAUGUAAGUGAUGAGGAGGAAAAUGGCUCCUUAGCACGGAUCGAAGCACUACUCCAACAAUACCACAGGGAGCGUGAAGAGAGGAGGCAACGCCGAAGACGCCGAGCGGGGCAACCUUCGGGCAUGGCUUCAAGAGGAGGAAGUCAUGGUGCAUCUAGAGUCCAUGUGGAACCACAUGGAGGCCGAAAUGAUGGAGGUCCAACCAUAAGGAUCUCCAAAUUUAUCAAAGAAGCAAGGGACUUGGGGUGCAAACCCUUUGAUGGGGCAGGGGACAUUUCAGUUGCAGCACAAUGGAUCAAGAGGCUAAAUGAAGCAGCCCUUGACAUGCAAAUCGCGCCGAAUCUCAAACUGAGAAUUGCGGUAAGAUUGCUCGAGGGGAUGGCAUCCAAGUGGUGGGAUGGAACCAAGAGCAAGUACGGUGAGACCGUCGUUUGGGAGGACUUCCAACGGGAGUUCUUUGCCCAAUAUUAUUCUGAUUUUGAAGUAAACAAGAAGGUGAGGGAAUACACCCUCCUAACCCAAGGGGGUAACAUGACAGUGAAGGAACUUGAGUACAAGUUCCGGGAUCUCGCCGACUACAUACCGGAGUAUGCUUGUGACGAGAACCGAAUGGUAAACCACUUUUGGGAUGCUCUUGACUUGGAGAUACGUGAUAGGGCAACACAAUUGCCUAAUAUGACUUUCGCCCAAGUGGUUGACCAAGCGUUGAAAGGAGAGAAACAAUGGGAAGAAAGGAAGAAGAAAGACGCCGAAGAGGCGAAAAAGAGAAAGUGGGAGAGUCAUGGCUCUCAAGGUUCCAACAAGAAGGGGAAUCAUGGGGGAGGACCUUUCCGAGCACCACCGCCACCAUCUAGGGGGAACCAAGGCCCGAGUGGGCAAGGCUCGAGGUCACAAGCCUCAGUGGUAACUCGUUGCAACAAUUGCAAGAAACACCACUCCGGUAAAUGUCGUGACCCCCCUAGAUGUUUCCAAUGUGGGGAUGCCGGACACUUGAAGGCGCAUUGCCCCCAGUUGGGUGGGGCAAGGACAUCAGGACCAAGUAGCGGGGCUGCGGGAAGUAGAAACCAAGCCGGGGGCUCCCAAGUAACCAGGGGGCAAGGGGGAGCAAGCGCGAGUAACGCGCCGUCCGUGAAUCAAGGAAGGACGCAAGCUAGAGUCUAUGCAAUGACCGAGGCCGAUGCUCGGGCUAAUCCCGACUCCAUCGCUGGUAAUACAUUUAAUUUGGGCACUUUUAGGCUUACUUAGACCAUGUACGUCAUUGGGAUUGAGUGCGGGCCACCCCGGGGCCAAACCGGGUGAGUUAGGCCAAAUCGGGCUGGAAACAGCCACUGCCGGCCAGGCACGCCUGCAGGCACGCCGUGCGUGGCACCGUGCCUGGGAGGCAGUGGCCUCGCUAAGGAGUUCCGGCCAGGCACGGCUGCAGGCACGCCGUGCGUGGCACCGUGUCUGGGAGGCAGUGGCCUCCUCGAGGAAAUUCAGCCAGGCACGGUCGCAGGCACGCCGUGCGUGGCACCGUGCCUGGGAGGCAGUAGCGCCCAGGGCUUUUUCCCAAGCCAGGCACGAUCGUGCCUACCCCAGGCACGCCGUGCCUGGCACCCAGAUGGCCGAGGAUAGAUUUUUCGCACCGUUUUGCGACGUUAAGACCCGUUCUUGAUCCCAAACACAUGUGUGAACAUAAUAAACCUCUCUAAAUGUGUAAGAAUGGUAGGAAAGGUAUCUUACAUGACUUAUAAAUGUAGGAACACUAAAGAUUAAUGGGAAGGAUGCGCGAAUCCUUAUCGAUACCGGGGCGCAACGUUCAUUUGUGAAUGAAGCGUUCGCCAAGAGGUUGGGAGUGCAAUCCGCACCAUUGAUGCAAACCUUAGUGGUGUCAACACCACUAGGGGAUGACGUGGAAAGAACUUGUUACCAUCCAUCUUGUGGGGUGGAGGUUAAUGGUCAAACCUUGACGUGUGACUUCGUACCGCUGAGCAUGAUGGAAUUCGAUGCAAUCCUAGGGAUGGAUUGGCUAGAAAGGAACCGUGCUAGGGUAGAUUGCUACACGAAGGUUCUUGAACUCGAAGGCAAUGAUGGGGAGACCCUACGCUUCGAGGGCGAUCGAGGGAGAUCAAAUAGCUGCAUCAUAUCCGCCGUGAGAGCGAGAAGUAUGAUGAGAAAGGGAUGCCACGCAUAUCUAGCAUACGUGGUUGACAAAACCAAAGAAGAAACGAACAUCGAUGAUGUGAGGGUGGUUUGUAAGUAUCCGGAUGUCUUCCCUAAAGACUUACCGGGGCUUCCACCUGAUAGGGAGAUUGAGUUUGUGAUCGAGGUUGAGCCCGGCACCAAACCAAUCUCCAUACCGCCAUACCGUAUGGCACCCGCUGAACUUAACGAGUUGAAAACCCAAUUGCAGGAGCUUUUGGAUAAUGGUUUCAUUAGACCCAGCCACUCCCCGUGGGGAGCACCAGUUCUUUUUGUGAAAAAGAAAGAUGGGACACUCCGAAUGUGCAUUGACUAUCGUCAACUGAACAAGGUCACAAUCAAGAAUAGGUAUCCUUUGCCUAGGAUUGAUGACUUAUUUGAUCAACUACGAGGAGCAACCGUAUUUUCAAAGAUUGACUUGAGGUCGGGGUACCACCAAUUGAAGAUUAAGGAGGAUGACAUACCAAAGAGUGCUUUCCGCACAAGGUAUGGGCAUUUUGAAUUCCUUGUUAUGUCGUUUGGGUUAACAAACGCCCCGGCGGCAUUCAUGGACUUGAUGAACCGAGUAUUUCAUAAAUACUUGGAUCGAUUCGUGAUUGUGUUCAUAGAUGACAUCUUGAUUUACUCAAAGAGUGAAGAAGAGCAUGAGGAGCACUUGAUACUUGUUCUUGAAACACUACGGGAGAAGCAACUCUAUGCCAAAUUUUCUAAAUGUGAAUUUUGGCUAAAGGAGAUUGGCUUCCUCGGGCACGUGGUUUCGGGAUCGGGGAUUGCUGUUGAUAACAAGAAGAUAGAAGCCAUUACUGAAUGGGAAAGGCCAAAGAACGUCAAGGAAAUUCGUAGUUUCCUUGGAUUGGCAGGCUACUAUAGAAAGUUCGUGGAGAAGUUCUCUGUUUUGGCAUCGCCAUUGACGAAGCUCACUCGUAAAGGAGCUAAGUUUGUAUGGGAUGACAAAUGUGAGAAAGGGUUCAUGGAACUAAAGAAGAGAUUGACUGAGGCACCGGUACUUGCAUUACCCAAACAAGGUGUGGGGUACGAUGUCUAUAGCGAUGCGAGCAUCCAAGGGCUCGGAUGUGUACUGAUGCAGAAUGGGAGGGUAAUCGCCUAUGCUUCACGACAAUUGAAGAAGCAUGAGGUGAAUUAUCCUACUCAUGAUUUGGAGCUCGGGGCAGUGGUAUUUGCACUGAAGAUAUGGAGACAUUAUCUCUACGGGGAGACAUGUCACAUAUACACUGAUCACAAGAGCUUGAAGUACGUGUUUACUCAGAAAGAGCUAAACAUGAGACAGAGACGGUGGAUGGAGCUGAUAAAAGACUACCAUCUAGUGAUAGAGUAUCACCCAGGCAAGGCAAAUGUGGUGGCAGAUGCUUUGAGCCGGAAGAGCUCGUCUGGGGCAUUGAUAACUAAUUUGAGGGCAUUAAGAGCCCAACUGGAGGUAACCAGCGAUGGUGCCUUAUUGGCACGAUUUGAGGUGAGACCCACUUUACUUGAUGAGAUCAAGAAGGGUCAGGAAGCCGACGAAGAACUUAUGAAGGUCCGGGAACGCAUGCAAGCGGGGCCGGUGGAGGAUUUCAGGGAAAGAGAUGAUGGUCUCUUGUUAUUUCGUGACCGAGUGUGUGUGCCGUCAGAUGAUGAGCUCCGAAAGUCCAUCUUAGAGGAGGCUCAUUCAUCGGCUUAUGCCAUGCACCCGGGGGGCACGAAAAUGUACCGUGAUUUGAAGGAAAGUUACUAGUGGUCUGGAAUGAAGAGGGAAAUAGCCGAGUACAUCAGUCGGUGCCUUACUUGUCAACAAGUUAAGGCAGAACAUCAGCACCCAGCAGGCUUGUUGCAACCACUCUCCAUCCCUGAAUGGAAGUGGGAGCACGUGACUAUGGAUUUCGUGGUAGGCUUACCACGGACUAUCAGGAACUAUGACGCGGUUUGGGUCGUUGUGGAUAGGCUCACAAAGAGUGCACACUUCUUGCCUAUCAACACUACCUACCCACUUGAGAGGUUAGCCAAAUUGUAUACGGAUGAGGUCGUGAGGCUGCAUGGGGUCCCGGUGACCAUUGUAUCUGAUAGAGACCCACGAUUCACAUCACGUUUUUGGCCGAAAUUCCAGGAGUCUAUGGGAACGAAGUUGAAGUUCAGCACUGCUUUCCAUCCACAGACGGAUGGGCAGUCUGAAAGGGUUAUACAGAUCCUAGAAGACAUGCUGAGGGCUUGUGCAUUGGAAGUUAUGCAGAUAAGCGUCGAAGAACCUUAGAGUUUAAGGUUGAUGACGAGGUAUUCUUGAAAGUUUCUCCUUGGAAAGGGAUCAUUCGGUUCCAAACCCGAGGAAAACUUAACCCACGAUAUAUAGGUCCAUUUAGGAUUAUAGAGAGGAUUGGAGCCGUUGCAUAUCGUCUACAGUUGACUCCUGAGUUAGAGAAGAUACAUAAUGUGUUUCAUGUAUCCAUGCUUAAGAAGUAUGUGCAUGAUCCUUCUCAUGUGUUGGAGAAGCCGCCCGUGGAGGUACGUGAAGAUUUGAACUAUGCCGUGCAACCGGUAAGAGUUAUUGACAGAAAAGUGAAGAAACUGAGGAGUAAAGAAGUUCCAAUGGUUAAAGUCCUUUGGAAAAGUGACCGGGUCGAAGAAGAGACUUGGGAAACAGAAGCUUUGAUGAGGAAGCAGUAUGCAUUCCUAUUUGAGUAGAGCUGUGAAUUUCGGGGACGAAAUUCCUGUUAAGGGGGGGUGAACUUGUGACACCGCUCCCGAAGGUCCUUGAAAAUUUGAUUUAAAAUUCAAAGUUUAUGUAUUGGAUUUCCGAUUCCCAAACAUUUGUUAAACGAUUAAUGUUUUACGUAAUUAAUGACCGAUUAUUAUACUGUUCGAACUCGUAUAUUAGUAUCGGGCUUGCGAAUACUCAUUUUGGGCCCAACCUGCUAAAAAUAGCAAGUAUUCGAGAAUGGCGUUCUGGAUCCACUCGGGGGUGACCCACACGGCUAGUAGCCCAAUAAUAUGUAUGACAAAUGUCAAAUAAGUGAUAGGAUGAUUAAAGAAGAA